AUGACGGCGCUCUCAGACGUUGCCUCCAUGUCUCUUCCCUUGGUGGCAACCAUAGGCAUCGUGCCGCUCGUAUACUAUGUCCUUGAUCGGAUGGCCCCUCUGUGGCCGACAUCCAAGAAGGCUUUUUUGAUAGGCAAGAAGAAGCCAGAAACCGUGACGUCGUUUGAAUGUCCAUACGCCUACAUCCGCCAAAUCUAUGGCAAGUAUCACUGGGAGCCUUUCGUGCAGAAGCUCUCCUCGAGGCUGAAGGAUGCGGACCCAGCCAAGUAUAAGAUGGUCUUGGAAAUCAUGGAUGCGAUCCAUCUGUGUUUGAUGCUGGUCGAUGAUAUCACCGACAACAGCGACUUCCGGAAGGGGAAGCCAGCAGCUCAUAGGAUAUACGGUCCUUCGGAGACGGCAAACCGCGCCUACUAUCGAGUAACGCAGAUUCUCAACGAAACAGUUCAGCGGUUCCCGAAACUGGCUCCAUUCCUACUGCAGAAUCUGGAAGAGAUCCUCGAGGGUCAAGAUCUGUCCCUGAUCUGGCGACGAGACGGACUGAGCAGUCUGUCCACGAAUCCAGAGGAGCGCGUUGCAGCCUAUUGCAAGAUGGCGUCGUUGAAAACGGGAGCUCUCUUCCGGCUGCUGGGACAGUUGGUGAUGGAGAACAAGUCGAUGGAUGAGACGAUGACGACUCUUGCAUGGUGCUCCCAACUCCAGAAUGACUGCAAGAAUGUCUACUCGUCCGAAUACGCCAAAGCCAAAGGCGCGCUUGCCGAAGAUUUACGCAACCAGGAACUCUCCUAUCCGAUUAUCCUCGCGCUAGAAGCCCCCGAAGGACACUGGGUAGCCAGUGCGUUAGAGACCAGCUCCCCACGCAACAUCCGCAAGGCACUCGCCGUGAUUCAGAGCGAGCGGGUGCGCAACGCUUGCUUUACAGAACUCAAGUCUGCGAGUGCCUCGGUCCAGGACUGGUUGGCGAUCUGGGGGCGGAACGAGAAGAUGAAUUUGAAGAGUCAGCAGGCAUAG